AUGGCGAGCGAGGCAAGCGCGGCGGCGCUCCAGAUGCGGGCCGACCUGGCGGCAGGUCGCAUGUCGAUGUCCGAAUACGCGCGUCAGGCACGCGCGGCAGGCGAGACCAUCGGCGCCGUCGCCGCCGUGCUCAAGGAGCACGCAGCCUCGGCGAAGCCCACCGCGACGCAAGCAGAGGCUGCGGGCCCUGCGGAGGCGUCGGCCGAGACGAUCCCUGCGGGCACCUACUUCGGGCGCACGCACGGAGGGCCUGUCCACGUCGUGGACGGGAUCUAUUUGCCGGUCGUGAGCGCGGCUGGCGACGCCCCUCCGGCGGAGGGUUCUGUGGAGGCGUCGCUCGCAUGGCUGCGCGCGCAAGGCGGGUGGGGAGCGCGCGCCGCCGAGCGGCUCGGGCCGGACAACGACUUUCUUCUCGACCUGGACUUGAGCGACACGAGCGGCGGCGGCAAGGUCGCCGGCGGAAAGAUCGGGCCAGAGGCCGCGAUGCACGUGGCGCGCGCCCUCGCCGACAACCGCGUCCUCACCAGCCUCAACCUCGGCGACAACGCGCUGGGAGCGGAGGGUGCUCACCACCUCGCAAGGGCGCUCACCACCAACUUGUUGCUGACCGAGGAGGCGCAAUCCAUGUGGCUCAUCGCGGACGGGUCGCAGACCUUGGGCCGCCUUCCCGUGCCGGGCAGCGAGGGCCCGUACACCGUCGGGCGGCACGAGUCGGCCGACGUCACCGUCACCGGCGACAAGUCCAUAUCGCGCAAGCACCUGGAGCUGCGUGUGGGCGAGGACGGCCGCACCCUCAGGCUGACCGACCUCGGCUCCAAGUUUGGCACCUCCGUGGACAACUCCAAGGUUGACCCAGGCGGGACGGCCAGCCUCGUCGACGGGGCCUCGCUCUCGCUCGGCGCAAAGGUGCUGACGGUGCGGCACGAGCCGCUCGUGCUCUGCUACUCGGGGCUGUCCAAGGCGGACACCGAGGUGGUGCAGGCCGCAGCCGCGCGGCUCGUCGGCGUGAGCGCGAGCAAGGAGUGGGCCGACGGCCACACCUCCCACCUCGUCAUGUCCAAGAUCAAGCUGACGCCAAAGCUGAUGCUGGCGCUCGCGCACGGCUGCCCGGUGGUCGCGCCUGCCUGGGUGGAGCGGGUGGCCGCGCGCAAGGCCGCCGCCGAGCCGCUGCCUGACCCGAGCGCCGUGGGCUGCUCCCCCACCGACGCGACCCAGCCGGACAUCCCGGCCGGCUGCCACGCCGUCCGUCCCGAGAGGAGGAGCCUCUUCCGAGGCAGGAAGCUGGCGGUGCUGCCUGGCGGGGAGGCGUCGAGCCGAGGGCACACGGUGUCGCUGCUCUCGCUCAUGGGCGCCGAGGUGGUCGAGGCGGACCAGGCCGAUGCCGCCUCGCUCUCGUCGCACGUCUCUGCCGGCUUCGAGUCUGCGCACUCCCGCCGGGGCUAG